CCUUCCGGUGAGCUGUUCGUAAGUACUCCGAAGGUACAAGUAGUGUCUAUUUACACAUUGAAUAACCUGUCAACGAUAUAGGGUGAUUGAAAAGCAGCGGUUACCGAGGGCGUAAGAAGAUUCUCGCGUGUUUUAUCUGCAGGUAUAACAAGUAUCGUGGCUUUAACAAUUAACUUUUCUUUACGUAGACAACUACUCUUUCCCGUGGCCGUUUCCAGAGAAAUCUUUAGCUCGUCAUUCACGGAGCCGGAGUCUCUGGCACCCGGUCGGCAGGGGAGGGAAGCCACUGCGCUCUCCGUCUUCACAUGGCGUUCGUUUCCGUUCUCUGAGAGGAGUCCCAGCCCGAGGCUGAGGAUGGUCCGAUGGACCGCCGCUUCCUGCUGACCUUCGCCUUCUGCUCGUUCUCGUGGAUCCUCUUCUGGGAAGUGCGCUGGAAGAAAGGGAAGGAGGGACAGAUCGAGGAAUGGCUCCAGGAGCACGGCCUCGCUGAAUACAGGCACUUAUUUGAAGAUGUGCACACCCUGGAGGAGCUGAGCCUGCACGUGCUGGCCCGUCUGGAGGAGGUGGAGAAGGAGCGUCAGCGCUGGCCGGACAUCGCCGAGGCUCAAAUCCAGCUGCUAAGGGACUUUGCCUUUCAGGAGUGGCUCUGCUACCAGAGCUUGGAGCAUUACUACCACACACUGAAGACCCUUGGUUGCACAAAUCUGGAUGAUUUAGCCAAAUUUGACAGCCGGCUGCAGCUCUCCCUGGCUGCUUGGGGAUAUUACUACGAGGAUUAUAUCAAACUGUCUUCUGGCGUGAAAGUCCUCCAGGCCUCCAAGGGGCACCGCGACCAGGAUUACGAGAUACAGCUGGUGCACAGCCUGGCAGAGAGGAGGCUGACUGAGAAGUGGUCGAUAGCGGGGGCUCUGAUAUUCGGCUGUACCAUUGCUCUUUGCUUCCUGAUAAGAGACCUCAUGUUUUACGUGAUUGGCGGAAUUACCGUGUCUAUCAUAGCGUUCGUCUUCACCAUCAAGUUCCUGUGUGAGCUUGCCGCCCGGGUGGUCAGCUUCUUGCAGAAUGAGGACCGGGGGCGCCGGGGCGACCGCAGCAUUUAUGACUACGUGCGGGGGAACUACCUGGACCCCCGCUCCUGCAAAGUGUCCUGGGACUGGAAGGAUCCGCAGGAAGUGGGCCAGACCAUGACCUUCCGUGUCCAACUGUUCUAUAAGAACGGACAGCCGUUCCCAGCACACCGGCCUGUGGGUCUGCGCGUCAGCAUCACUCACAUCGAGCUGGCCCUGGAUAUCCCCGUCACCCAGGAGGUCCUGCAGGAGCCUGAGGCCAACGUGGUGAAGGUGGCCUUCACCGUCCGCAAGGCAGGCCGCUACGAGGUGGCCGUCAAGCUGGGGGGUCUAAAUGUGGCCUACAGCCCCUACUACAAGAUAUUCCAGCCGGGCGUGGUGGUCCCAUCCAAAACCAAGAUCGCGUGCCACUUCUCUACCCUGGUGCUGACCCACGGCCAGCAGCACACCCUGCAGAUCGAACCCCGCGACGAGUACGGCAACCCCACCAGCAACUCCACCUCGCUCGCCGAUGAAGACAGCUAUGGUGCGAGCGUCCAGCCGCUGGGCACUCAGGACGAAGACAGCCCGGAGGACUUCUUCAGCAAGUCGGUGUCCUCCAAUCGGCUGCAAUGCCAGGUGCAGCUGCACCUCACCGUGAGGAGGAAGGGCUGCUUCCACGCCCGCAUCACCUACCAGAACCAGUUGCUCAGCAACGGCGAGUUCGACAUCAUCGUGCUGAGUGAGAACGAGAAGAACUGCGUGGAGAAGUACGUGUCAACGCCGGGCACCAGCGUCUACUUCGAGGCGUACCUCUACAGCACGGGCAACUAUAGCACCUCCACCUGGCAGCUUCCGGUAUCGUCGCUGCUGGUGCCGCAGAGGCGGCUCUCCACGGCGGACGAGGAGGACGACCGCGACUCCCCUGUGGAGGGUCAGCCGGAGAAAGUGAAGAAACCAAAAAAGGUCUAUUGCUACAUAUCGCCAAAGCAACUAUCAGUGAAGGAGUUUUACCUGAAAAUCUUCCCCUGGCGCCUUUUCACCUUUCGGGUGUGUCCAGGCACGAAGUUCACAUACCACGGCCCAGACCCCAUCCACAAAUACUUGACCCUUGUGGUGGACGAUGGAAUUCAACCACCCGUGGAGCUGAGCUGUAAGGACCGCAACAUCAUGGCCGCCACCUUCAUCCGCUUCCUCCACAAAAACAUUGGAGGGUCGGAGACCUUCCAGGACAAGGUGAACUUCUUCCAGCGUGAGCUCAGGCACAUCCACUCCAAGCGACCUCGCACCAAGACCUGCCUGAAGGUGGCCCGACACGUCCUCCUGGACUCGUCUCUGAAAGCCACCAGGAACUUCUCCGUUUCUGACUGGAGUAAGAAUUUCGAGGUUGUGUUCCAAGAUGAGGAGGCGCUGGACUGGGGGGGCCCUCGCCGGGAAUGGUUUGAGCUGAUCUGCAAGACACUGUUCGACACGUCCAACCAGCUAUUCACGCGCUUCAGCGACAGCAACCAGGGCCUGGUGCAUCCGAACGCGGAGCGGCCGGCCCACCUCCGCCUGAAGGUGUACGAGUUCGCCGGCCGGGUGGUGGGGAAGUGUCUGUACGAGUCGGCGCUGGGCGGAGCCUAUAAGCAGUUGGUUCGGGCUCGUUUCACCCGAUCUUUCCUGGCCCAGAUCAUCGGCCUCAGGAUGAACUAUAAGUAUUUCGAGACGGAUGAUGAGGAGUUCUACAAAACCAAAGUCUCCUUCAUCCUAAACAAUGACGUCAGUGAGAUGGACUUGGUGUUCGCUGAGGAGAAAUACAACAAGUCGGGCCAGCUGGAGAAGGUUGUGGAGCUGAUUUCUGGAGGCGCUCAGAUUGCAGUCACCAAUGAGAACAAGAUGCACUAUCUUAACCUCUUAGCCCAGCAUAGGCUGGCCAAUCAGGUGCGAGAUGAGGUGGAGCAUUUCCUGAAAGGGUUAAAUGAACUCGUUCCAGAAAACCUCCUCGCCAUAUUUGAUGAGAAUGAGUUGGAGCUACUGAUGUGUGGCACAGGCGACAUCAGUGUCCAGGACUUCAAAGCCCAUGCUGUGAUUGUCGGUGGCUCAUGGCAUUUUAGAGAGAAGGUUAUGAAGUGGUUCUGGGCUGUGGUGUCCAGCUUUACCCAGGAGGAGUUGGCUCGUCUUCUCCAGUUCACCACGGGCUCUUCCCAGCUCCCCCCCGGGGGAUUCAACACACUUUGCCCCUCCUUCCAGAUUAUCGCCGCCCCCACCCACAGCACGCUGCCCACCGCCCAUACCUGUUUCAACCAGCUGUGCCUGCCCACCUAUGACUCCUAUGAGGAGCUGCACAAAAUGGUGAAGCUGGCCAUCAGCGAGGGGAGCGAGGGCUUCGGCAUGCUCUGAACUGCCCUGUCCUCAGGGGGGAGAGUUCCCCCGGAUGCCGGCCCCUGCGGGGCCCGAUCCCCCCCUCUGCCAGGCAGACUUCCUUCGCCAGAGCAGCACAGGAAGGCCGGUGAAUGCUUUCGCGCUGUGAGGCGCGCGUGGGCAUUACCUGUAUAUACAGUUUACUUUUUUUUUUUUUUGUACUGGCACAGAAAUGGACGACCCUGGGAAGGCAAGAAGGACCCUCAAUGGAGUUUUGUUUGUAGAUGGUAGAGAUGCUUUGAGCUGUAUGCCUGCGAGUGUUCGGGUGUCCUGCGGAGGUCCAGAGAGUUUGUGGCAGACUUCCGACCCAAAAGGUGACAGGUUAGCGGAAAUGUGGCUGCUGGUGUGUCUAGGGGGCGGGCUGACCUUCACCAGUCAGGGAGGGAGUCUGCUGUUGCCUGUUACACCAUUUCUACAAACCUCCAUCACCGCUGGGAUGCUGACGCCUGAUUCUUUAAUGUUUUUUGUACCUGUGACUGGAAAAGGGACCUAAGGGUCCUGGGGAAGGGCAGGAGGUCAUGCCCUCGUACCGGAUCCCGUCUCGUGUUUAAAUCUGAACAGUAAUUCUUGCGCUUCCCAAAACAACAAGCAGGUUUGGGAAAGAAGUUCGCCAAGUUUAGGAUUCAGCAUUUCAGUAUGAGGGUUAGGAUUCCUGAAGGGUCUCAUCCGGCAGAGCGAUCGCAUGCUUAGUACCCUGCGCAGUGGUGGGUGUAAAGUUAAGGGUAUUUUUUUUAAAGCCAUGUUCUUUUUAGGAUGUUGUAUCUGUUUUGUUAAAUUCUGCCUUUUUUGCCUGUGUAGGGAAAUGUGUCUUCAAGGGAAGGAUUUGUAUGUUAGGGUACGAUGAAUAGUACUGUAAUACUUUGACGGGUGCAACAAUUAUGCACUUAAAUUUCAAGCUGUGAAAAGGUCUUUUUUGUAAUUUUUCUUCAGUUUGGGACCUACUAUGAUUUUAUUAUUUUUUUGUAUCAACACCAAAGUUUGUACCUAUGUUUGACUGCUGAACGUCUUAUCCAUCCAUGCAGUCUGGAUCAGUGGGUUGCUAAUCGCAGGAUGCCAAGGGUUAAAUAUUUCUGUGAGCCGUUAUGUAUCAUAAUUCACUUAGUGUUUUUGUUCUUCUAAAGACUGAGAGCUCCUGGAUCCAUGGAGACGGGAGUCUGCACAGAUGAUCUGGGGGUUCUGAUGCUCCUGUUGAGCAUAUCGUGGUUCCCUUACAGCUUCUCCUCUUUUUGGCUCCUCAUUCUAUGUAUCCGACUUUGUGUAGACAUUUCCUCCUAAAACGGUACAAGUAGAUCCCGUCUCGCAUAGUUGCGUAGUUUUAAAAGCGCCAAGUCGCCCGGUGCAGGAAAGACCGAUCGUGGGCGUGGUACACGUCAGCAUUGAAGAUAUUUAUAAAAAUGAUAUACUUGCUAAAUGCUUGAAGAUAUUUAUGUGAUCUUGCUGGUACAUCUGGUUCCUGACAGGCUAGUGGUCUUGCACACCAGUCUCCUUGCCUCAUGGUGUGAAUGUAGUGCUGUCCGAUCAUCCUUUAAGACUUGGAGGCUCCUGCGAGGUCCGAUCGCUCCUCCUCUCUGUGGACGGCACUGUCCUUCCCCAAGAUGGACGCAUCCAUUUGAAAAUCCAGUUCUGUCUUGUAGGCCAUGUUUGCACUUUUGUCCAAUGAUGACUCUCUUUACUGCAAGCUAGCACUUUCUCCUCACCCUUCCCCACCCCCCAUCACCACCAUAAGCUUCAUAAGCUACAAGAAGAAAUAUCUGAAUGAUCACAGUUUGUUUUCAGUGCCAGGUAUAAGGUGUCUGUUUGGGGUCUUGGAGGACCCCCAUAUUUGGUUGGUCACCCUGUGUGUUUUUGUACAGAUUUUUUUAUUUUUAUUAUUAUUUUUUAAAGAAUUCUUUUACUUCAUCGCUUCGCAGCGUGGCUGAAUACUGAUGUGAUUUAGAGCCGUGAUGUGUUCCGAUGUCAUACCGUCGAAUUGCCAUUUGAUUUAAACAAACAAUGAAAUGAUGUUAUGCUCUUGAGUUUUCGGAGGCUGUCGUGUGAAGACCUCGACCGAGGGGCGUGACUUGCGCUCAAAGUGAGAGGUCACUAGGGAGGAAGGUCUCGCACAGUGGAGCCCGGAGAGGGCGGCUCUAUCCCUGACGGACAGUGACAUCACCUCUGUGCGGGUGCCUGUAGCCUUUACAGUUGUUUGGCUUUCAUAUGAAGGUAAUUUUCUUCUGUGUUUCGAUUUGGACAAGAAGCCUCUGUUGGCAUGAACUGGGGGGAGGGGGUUGUUUUAAUCCUUGUAAAUAUUGUGAAAUAGUUGCCUAAGGUGGAAUUUUUUAUUUUUUUUUGUAAUUUUAUUACUAGUUAAAUUGGGACAUGCUGGGCCGUCAUUGGAAUGUCGUGGUUGGCUCAGGCAGCUCCCUGUCAGUCAUGGAUUAAAUAAAGCGAAGGAAUCAGAGGCC